UGUCAAUGCAAAAAUAUAGCACGACGCUAUUGGCACCGGCAUUCCGAACUCAUCACGUUGGACUGUUCGAGUCGUGGGCAUUCAGGACCAGGGUUGACCCCUUUUUUUCUUUUCUCCUCCUUCGGACCAUCUCUUCUCUUGUCCAUUGGCCUCCCAGCAUGUUGGCCUAGGCUAGAGAAUUGUAGCUUGUGGAAAGCUUUUUCAUUCUUCGGUAAGCGAGCCGCUUCCACCUUGUUCCGUUGGCCGCAUGGCGCCACGCAGACAGACUCUAGGAACUGGCACCGCUCACAAGUGUAUCGUUUGCAAGCUAAGACCCUCGACAACGGCCUGUGGACGUCGAACCAAGCCGGGUUCCAUCUGCGAGGGCCGCGUGUAAGGGCGUUCGGCUUUUGCUAAUGGGCCAAUAGCGGAUCCGCUGCGGAUCAGAUAGAUCAAAUUUUUUAUCUGAUGCCCGCCGACAAGAUGCCGUCGACGCCUGGUCUGCUGUUAUCCCCACCUCACAAGCAUUCCGCGAGUUAUCAGCUUGUCCGAUAGAAAGCUUGUCGCCCUUUAUUCGGUCUUGGCCUCUCUGAUCUGGACUCUUCAGACCUGCGACUAUUGAAGAUGCUACCUCACCAUGCGACCUGGUUUGCAUUGCUGCCCCCUCCACCCAAGGGAAAAUCGCUUGAAGCGAGCAAGUCAUGCCCCGCCGAUCUCGGAGUUUUACGGUUGGUGUAUGCUGUCCCUGUGUAUAUAAUGGUGAAAUGAUGCGCCCCUGGCCCGGUUGAACUUUUUAUCUUAUCAAUCUGGUUUAUCAAUCUGUGUUGCGACGUCCUCCCUACGUCCACCCACCAUCCCAAUCCUUGAACUUCGAUAUGAAUACUCUCGCUGGUAAGCUGGAGGUUCCUGGCUACUUGGAAGCCCUGGGCAGUAAGCCUUCCGAGCCACAGUCAGACGUGCUGGCCGGCCAUGGAGCCACCUCUGGCCAUUCCCUCGAAAAGGAUGUCCGCAAAAACACCAACUCGUCGCUCGCUGAUACAUCCGACGAUGAGUCCGUCGAGAAGAUCGACACCAAUGCCGAACAUGGUGUACAGGCGGUGCAGGCCAUGACCUAUGCAUGGUCGAAAACGGAAAUCAUUUUCCUGUAUAUCAUCAUCUGGCUCAUUUCGUUUCUCCUCGCAUUCUCAAACGGCAUCGUCAACACUUUGACUCCCUACGUGACGAGCUCCUUUCAAGAGCACUCGCUUACCGCCCUCACGAGCGUCAUCUCAUCCCUGGUUGCCGGUAUCUGGAAGCUCCCAUAUGCCAAAAUCAUGAACGUGUGGGGCAGACCACAUGCAUUUGCUAUAAGCGUGGCCUUCAUGACCAUGGGCUUGAUUAUGAUGGCCGGCUGCAAAAAUGUCCAGACCUACUGUGCGGCUCAGGUCUUUUACUGGAUGGGCUACAAUGGUAUCGACUUUAGCAUUACGGUGUGCAUUGCCGAUACUUCCAAACUGAAAAAUCGAGGCUUCAUGAUCGGCUAUUCUUCUUCGCCAUUCCUCAUCACCACUUGGGUCUACGGAUAUGCGGCCGAUAGCGUGAUCAACGGCAUGGGUUAUCACUGGGGCUUCGGUAUCUUCUGCAUCAUCGUCCCCAUCGUCAUGGCUCCCUUCGGAAUCAUGCACUGGAUUGCGCAGGAAAAGGCGCGCAAGGCUGGCCUCAUCCCUCCACGGGCCACAGCGAACAUGACUCUGGCUCAGAAGACCCGCCACUACCUCAAGGAGUUCGAUGUCAUCGGUCUCCUCAUCCUCGCCACCGGUCUGGCGCUCUUCCUCUUGGCCUUCAACAUCUAUUCCUACCAACCGGAUACUUGGCGAUCUCCCCUGAUCAUCUGCUUCCUCAUCUUUGGCGGCUUGCUCGUCAUCGCCUUCGGCGUCUGGGAAGCCAAACUCGCUCCCAUCACCUUUGUCCCUUGGGAGCUGCUAAAGAAUCGUACGGUCAUCUUCACCUACACCAUGGCGGCUUCCCUGUACACUGCUUGGUAUAUCUGGGACAACUACUUCUAUUCGCUCCUCAUCGUCCUCUUCAACCAAACCGUCGUUCAUGCAACCUACAUCAGCAACAUUUACACCAUGGGCAGCUGCUUCAUUUGUCUGGUCUACGGAGUUUGCCUGCGCUACAUGAGCGGCCGUCUGAAACUUUACUCUCUCUUCUGGGGUGUCCCACUGACCAUCCUCGGUGUCGGUUUGAUGAUCAAGUUCCGCCAACCCGACGUCAACAUCGGAUAUAUCGUUAUGUGUCAGAUCUUCGUCGCCUUCGGUGGCGGUGUGUUGGUAACCUCUGAGCAGACGACGCUGAUGGCCGUGUCCAAGCAGCGCGACUUCCCCGCCCUCUUGGCCUGCGAGAGCAUGGUUAUCGCCAUUGGCUCCGCUGUCGGUUCGACCAUCGCAGGAGCCAUGUGGACCGGCAUCUUCCCGAAGAAACUGCUCAAGUAUCUCCCGGCCAGCGCGCAAGGAAAUUUCGCCAACAUCUACGGCGACAUGACCGUCCAAGCCAGCUAUCCUCUGGGCAGCCCGACCAGAGACGCCAUCAACAGGAGCUACGCCGAGACUCAGCGAUACAUGCUCAUCGCCGCCACCAGUCUCUACACCAUCACCCUUGUGAGCGUCGGGCUCUGGCAAGAUGUGGAUGUCCGCACAAUGAAGCAACGGACGGUUGGUCUGUUGUAAACCGAACAAGACUUCUCGUGUUGGUCGCGGAUCGCAGCCGAGUCGUUGACCGCGACGUCGCACGCCUGCAGAAGAGUGAGGUUUGGGAUUGGGAUAUUCCUAUCUUCGUGCUACGCGCAGGAUGCCGCGUGCCAUGUAUGUUUUGAUAGAAUCAGUGAUUCAAAUACCUUGCUAGAAUGUAUAGCUUAAUAAAAGAUCCCGAAACGUACCAAGAUGA